GAUAGAGAGAGAGCGAGAGAGAGAGAGAGAGAGCGAGACGCGCGCUCGGGCAGGACAGGAGGGCGCACGGGACAUCAGCACACCGGCCGGGUCAAGGAGCUGCAAAGAUGGAGAUCCGACCAGACAGGUUUAAGGCGGUCGCGGGCAAAACUUUGGGGAAAAUUCACAGGCUGAUUGAGAAACGGCAGCCAAAUGGAGAAACUAUUGAGCUGUCGGCGGAGGGUCGUCCUGAGCUGGUGGAGGAGAAGGAGCUGCCUGUGGUGGACUGCACCUGCUUCGGCCUGCCCCGGCGGUACAUCAUCGCCAUCCUGUCUGGCCUGGGCUUCUGCAUCUCCUUUGGCAUCAGGUGCAACCUAGGUGUGGCCAUUGUAAGCAUGGUCAAUGAUCAUACUGUCUACAAAGGCAACAAGGAAGUACUUGUGGCUGCACAGUUCACCUGGGAUCCAGAGACAGUGGGGAUGAUUCAUGGCUCCUUCUUCUGGGGCUACAUCGUCACACAAAUCCCGGGUGGCUUUAUAUGUCAAAAAUUUGCAGCAAACAGAGUUUUCGGCUUUGCCAUCGUGGCCACAUCGACGCUCAACAUGCUGAUUCCAUCUGCCGCUCGCUGCCAUUACAGCUGCGUCAUACUUGUCAGGAUAUGCCAGGGCCUUGUAGAGGGCGUAUCAUACCCAGCCUGUCAUGGGAUCUGGGCCAAGUGGGCACCUCCUCUUGAGCGAAGUCGAUUAGCCACGACAGCUUUUUGUGGAUCCUAUGCUGGGGCAGUGGUGGCCAUGCCUUUAGCUGGGAUACUGGUGCAAUACACUGGGUGGCCUUCUGUAUUUUAUGUCUAUGGCAGCUUUGGGAUAUUCUGGUAUUUGUUUUGGAUUCUGGUGUCAUACGAGAGUCCUGCAGCCCAUCCCACCAUCUCACCAGAGGAGAGGAAAUACAUUGAAGAUGCGAUCGGAGAGUCUGCAUCAUUUCUCAAUCCCCUUCAAAAAUUUAAAACCCCGUGGAAACACUUCUUCACCUCCAUGCCAGUCUAUGCCAUUAUUGUGGCCAACUUCUGCAGGAGCUGGACCUUCUACCUGCUGCUCAUCAGCCAGCCGGCCUACUUUGAAGAAGUCUUUGGCUUUGAGAUCAGCAAGGUGGGCAUAGUGUCAGCUUUGCCCCAUCUGGUGAUGACAAUCAUUGUGCCUAUUGGGGGCCAGUUGGCUGACUACUUGAGAACCCACAACCUGAUGUCCACCACCAACGUCAGGAAGCUCAUGAACUGUGGAGGUUUUGGGAUGGAAGCCACCCUCCUGCUGGUGGUGGGCUACUCUCACACAAAGGGUAUUGCCAUCUCCUUCUUGGUCCUGGCGGUGGGAUUCAGUGGAUUUGCUAUCUCAGGGUUUAAUGUCAAUCACUUGGAUAUCGCGCCUCGAUAUGCCAGCAUACUGAUGGGCAUUUCGAACGGAGUGGGAACGUUAUCUGGAAUGGUGUGUCCUCUCAUAGUUGGUGCCAUGACCAAACACAAGACGCGUGAGGAGUGGCAGUACGUCUUCCUUAUAGCCUCACUUGUUCAUUAUGGAGGAGUGGUUUUCUAUGGACUCUUUGCAUCAGGAGAAAAGCAGCCUUGGGCAGACAUAGAGGACACAAGUGAGGAGAAGUGCGGUAUAAUCGACGAGGAUGAACUGGCCAAUGAAACAGAAGAGAUGUACCGUGGAGGGGGGCAGUACGGAGCCAUAAGCCAAUCGGGGGCUGGUUUCAACGGUGGAGGAGGAGGAGGAGGAGCAGGGUCAGGGUCAGGAUGGGUGACAGACUGGGAUAAGUCUGAGGAGUAUGUGCAGCCGCCCGGAUAUAACUCCUACAUGUACGGGGGAGAAAUAGAGAAGGAGCUCACAUAGAAGACUGACGUGACACAAGUUUUAAAAAAUAAUAAUAACAAGAUAAAAAAAAAUGAAAGAGGAAGGGUGUUUCUGGAGAACGACUGCAAGAGAGUCACUGAACAGACUUGCUGUGUGCUUCUUAAAAUUUAUAACAGCGCAUAUCAAAAGAGUGGAUCAGAUUCAUUCCACUGUAGGUGUGUGUGUUUGUGUGUGUGUGAGAGAGAGAGAGAGAGAGAGAGACAGUGUGCGUGUGCAAGCAUGUGCAUGCAGAGUGCUAAAUUUACACAAAAAAACCUGUUUUCAUUUUCAUCAGAACUCAUCUUACAUCCUGAUCCUGAUGCUCAUUGUGAUUGGUCAGGAGUUCUGUAUCCGCAACUAGGAGAUCCUGUGUGUGUGUGUGUGUGUGUGUGUGUGUGUGUGUGUGUGUGUGUGUGUGUGUUGUGUGUGUGUGUGUGUGUGUGUGAGAGAGAGAGAGAGAGAGAGAGAGAGAGAGAGAGAGAGAGACAGAAAGAGCGAGAGAGUUGUGGGUCUGUAUAGCAACUUGCUGAAGCCACUGGGAUUGUGUUGUUUUUAAUUUUUUAUGUGUGAGUCAUGCAUUUACUUUUAUUUUGCUGGGAAAGCACCUUCAGAGCCUCAGUUUUAAAAACCUCACACUUCUAUUCAAUGCAGAAUUCAUCACCAAAUCCAAGCUCUCAAAGCUCCCAGAUAAACUAAACAGACGCCACCAGCCACAACGCCACGACGCCACUGAGUUUAACUUUCAAACUUCCUAAUCAAAGUGAAAAGAAAAAAGGUGCUUAGGUGUUGUAAAGUCGUACGUAGAUGAGUGUAAAGCUGUAAAACUUCCCUUCACCUGUGUGCUUGACUUUGCCGCCUACAGUUUCUCACUGCAUCUCAUGUCCAGCCACGCUUACAGGUCACAGUCGCCAGUAAUCAUCUGACAAUUCCCACUUUCUAUUCAGUGUGUAUAGUCUCCCUCAGCUUGGUACAUAUUUAUAACACUCCCAGGCCUCGCAGCACUUUCUGUUUAUGCCUUUUCUUUUUUCUCUGGCAGCCUCUCCCUCCAUUUUUCCUCCUUGUCUUAUCCUUCUCUCAACAUCAGUUGUGUUUGUGCGGGUAAAUCCAAGCUUUUCAGAUCGACUGUGUGUGUCUGUGUGUGUGUGACAGCAAAUGUGCUGUUGUGUUGGGUGCAGGUGCUGAAAAGUUGUGCAGUGAGCAUAUUUAAUGGACACGGUGGUGCAGUACUGUGCCAGCCCUCAUCUUUUCCCUUUUACACACAAACACACACAGGGGGGCUAAUUUCAUGCGAGUGCACAGUGAAUCGUGCAGACAGAGUUUGAUAGGCGAACAUUAUUAGAGAAUGUGUGAAGUUCAGCUUCACUUAUAUCUUGUAAUAGUAGAGAACCUCAGCUUCCUGCCUGUCAAGCGCACUGGCAGCUGGGAAAUGGAGUACAGUCACAUACGAGCGAGGUAAUCUGCAAUAGUACUGGACUUGUGUACACACAGACACACACACACGCACACACACCACUCCUGCAUCUGUUCGUGCUGACAGACAGUACAUCUGUUAGUGGUACUCAGUGGGUCACGUUUGCGAGAUAAAACUGCAGUGCUGGACUGUUUAAAAAGGACGUGUUUGAUUCACUUGGGGGUUUAGUUUUUAAAUGUGUUGAUGUGUCGAAUAAUUACAAGAAAAAAAGUGCAAAAGGUCAGUUGCCAUUUUUUGAGUGAAAAGUCUUAAAGACGUGAAUGAUGAUAACUGUGAACAAGUUCAUUUUGUGCGUGUUGUAUCAGUGUAUCUUUGAUCUGCUUUUUUCUUCUUUGUCUCAGUUUAUGGCUGCUCCAAUGUUUUCCUUCCCAUCCUCAAUGAAAUGUGUGGUUAUCUGGUGGGAUUUGGUGUAAAAAAAAUAAAUAAAUAAAAAGACAAGAAAAGAUCUGUAUUUAAAAAUGCAAAUAUAUGGAAAAUAUUUUAUGUAAAAAAGUGUACAUGUGAGAUAACCUUGUGUAUAAUAAAAUUCAAGCAAUUUAAGAUGAUGUCACUAUUUCAGUGCAAUUGUGUCAUCGGGAUUUUAUCACCUAUAACAUGAUGACGCAUUAAAAUGGUGUUGGUUUUCA